AGAAAAACAAAUACUCGAGAGGAAGACGGCGUCAAACAAACCAACAAAGGAACAGCGAGCAUCGUCACAGUCGGUGGUUUUAAUGAUGUAGGCGAUCGUUUUGUGAUUUGACAUCUAAUUUCGCCUGCUUCUCUGCGGCAAGGAGAGACCGUCCAGCUGCGCACGAACCAAUCGCAUCCUCUCUCGGCUUGUCUGGAUAAACCCGGCCGACCUCUCCACCGUGCUUGUAGUCCUGUCGACGUCGAAGGACGAAGUCACCGCGCAUCCCUCGUUUAUUUUGACGGCCCGAUCGGCGAUCAGUUCGCCUCCAGCCUCAGCAGCAUCCCUGCGCUCAGCAGAAAGCAGCAUCCUUCCUCCUCCUCCACCUCCUCCUCCUCCCUGAAUCUGCGCAAUGGCCGAUGUCCCGGCGGAGUGUAACAUCAAAGUGCUCUGUCGCUUUCGUCCUCUCAACCAGUCGGAGAUUGUACGUGGGGACCAGUUCAUCCCCAAAUUCCAAGGGGAUGACACAGUCCUCGUCGGGGGGAAGUCCUAUGCGUUCGAUCGAGUGUUUCCCACCAACACCACCCAGGAGCAGGUGUACAACACCUGCGCCAAGCAGAUUGUCAAAGAUGUUCUGGGUGGAUACAAUGGCACUAUCUUCGCAUACGGACAAACCGCCUCCGGGAAGACUCACACCAUGGAGGGCAAGCUGCACGACUCUCACCAGAUGGGGAUCAUUCCUCGCAUCGCUGAGGACAUUUUCAAUCACAUCUUUGCAAUGGAUGAAAACCUUGAAUUCCACAUCAAGGUUUCAUACUUUGAAAUCUACAUGGACAAAAUCCGUGACCUUCUGGAUGUGACAAAGACCAACCUGUCUGUCCAUGAGGAUAAGAAUAGGGUGCCAUUUGUCAAGGGAUGCACUGAGCGCUUUGUCUCCAGCCCUGAUGAGGUGAUGGAUGUGAUUGAUGAGGGCAAAGCUGCCCGCCACGUUGCUGUGACCAACAUGAACGAGCACAGUUCUCGCAGCCACAGCAUCUUCCUGAUCAACAUCAAGCAGGAGCACGUGGAGACUGAGCAAAAACUGUGUGGAAAACUGUACCUGGUGGAUCUGGCUGGCAGUGAGAAGGUCAGUAAGACUGGAGCUGCAGGAGCCGUCCUGGAUGAGGCUAAAAACAUCAACAAGUCUCUGUCUGCUCUGGGAAAUGUCAUCUCUGCAUUGGCUGAGGGCACGAAAAGUCACGUGCCGUACCGUGACAGUAAAAUGACCCGCAUCCUGCAGGACUCCCUCGGAGGGAACUGUCGCACCACCAUGUUCAUCUGCUGCUCUCCCUCCAGCUACAACGACGCGGAGACCAAGUCAACUCUGAUGUUCGGACAACGUGCCAAGACCAUCAGGAACACCGCCUCCAUCAACCUGGAGCUGACGGCAGAGCAGUGGAAGAAGAAGUUUGAGAAGGAGAAGGAGAAGAACAAAACUCUGAAGGAAAACAUCCAGAAGCUGGAGAUUGAGCUCAACCGCUGGAGAAACGGAGAGAACGUACCUGAGACGGAGCAGACCACGGAAGACGCGGUGACCCGUUUCGAGAAGGUGGAGGAGCGUCCCAUCUUGGACAACGACACCUCCUCCAUUGUUGUCCGCAUUUCCGAGGAGGAGCGGCAGAAGUACGAGGAGGAGAUCCGCAAGCUGUACAAGCAGCUGGAUGACAAGGAUGAUGAGAUCAACCUGCACUGCCAGUUGGGAGAGAAACUGAAGCAGCAGAUGCUGGACCAGGAUGAGCUCCUGGCCUCAUCCAAGGGCGAUGGGGACAAGGUCCAGGCUGAACUUGGCAGGCUUCAGGUGGAGAGCGACUGCGCCAAGGCCGAGGUGAAGGAGGUGCUGCAAGCUCUGGAGGAGCUGGCCAUCAACUAUGACCAGAAGAGCAUGGAGGUGGAGGAGAAAGGCCUGCAGAACCAGCUGCUGGCCGACCAACUGUCCCAGAAAAUGGCCAGUCUGAUGGAGCUGGAGGCAGAGCUGUCUCGUAUGCAGGAAGUGAGCGGGCAGCAGAGGAAACGCAUCGCCGACGUCCUCAAUGGUCUGAUGAGGGACCUCAGCGAGUUCAGCAAUAUAGUGGGCAACGGGGAGCUCAAGCUGCCGGUGGAGAUCAGCGGUGCGAUCGAGGAGGAGUUCACGGUGGCUCGCCUCUACAUCAGCAAGAUCAAGUCUGAGGUGAAGAGCAUGGUGAAGCGCUGCCGCCAGCUGGAGAACAUGCAGCUGGAGUGCCACCGCAAGAUGGAGGAGACCGGGAGGGAGCUCUCCUCCUGCCAGCUGCUCAUCUCUCAGCAUGAAGCUAAGAUCCGCUCUCUGACGGAGUACAUGCAGAGCGUGGAGCAGAAGAAGAGGCUGCUGGAGGAGAGCCACGACUCCCUGAGAGAAGAGCUGUCCAAGCUGCAAGAGCAGGAUAACUCCAUGCUUGAGGAGAAGGAUGGAGAGAAGGGUGAGAUAGAGGACGGAAAUGUGAAGAAGGUUUCUCGUCAGCAGGGGGAGUCGUCUCACCGCGACCUCCAUCACAAGCAGCUGGCCCGCCUGCGGGAUGAGAUCAACGAGAAGCAGAGGAUCAUUGAUGAGCUCACUGAUCGUAACUUCAAGCUGGAGCUUGAGCUCGCUCAGGUUCGUGCCGACUUUGAGCGCCUGAAGACUCAGGACACCACCAAGAGUGAGCGCCUGGAGGAGCUCUCAUUCCUGCAUGAGCGCCAUGAGCAGACCAAACAGGACUUAAAAGGGCUGGAGGAGACUGUCACCCGCGAACUCCAGACCCUCCACAACCUGCGCAAGCUGUUCGUUCAAGACCUCACAUCGCGGGUUAAAAAAAGUUCCGAAAUGGAGCCUGAUGAUAGUGGGGGGUCUUGCACCCAGAAGCAGAAGAUUUCCUUUCUUGAGAAUAACCUGGACCAACUUACAAAGGUUCACAAACAGCUGGUACGUGACAAUGCAGAUCUGCGCUGUGAGCUUCCAAAGUUGGAGAAACGUCUUCGGUCUACUGCUGAGAGAGUUAAGGCCCUGGAGACUGCACUGAGGGACGCCAAGGAGGGCGCAAUGAUGGACCGCCGCCGCUACCAGCAGGAGGUCGACCGCAUCAAGGAUGCCAUGAGGGCAAAGAGCGCCCUGAGGCGCCCACAUGCAGCACAGAUCGCCAAGCCAGUGAGACCGAAGCAGCUGCCCGUCUGCUCUCCCACCAACCCGUUCUACACUUACAUCCGUGCCACUGAACAAGCCAACACCUACAGCAAUGCCCUCUUCCAGAGCAGCGGGAUACAGCCGAGCGGCGCCAGCGUCAACUGCAACCCCAACUCUGUCCAGUGCAACACAGUAUCCACAGCGCUGGGCUACAGAGCAGGCCGAUACAUUGGAGACAUACUGGAGUCCUUCCCUCUGAACAUUGAAAACGGUCACAAAAUCAGUGAAACGAGAGACAUCAAUGACAACAGAAGUGAUGUUCACUGUGGCACCGAGGUGGAUGAUUCAAACAGGCAUUUCAUCAUUCAGCAGGAGACCGCUGCAAGUUAAUGCCAUGAAGAUGACCAAACACUGUAUCCGUCCACGGACCCUCCUUUCCCAUCUGCAUGCAGCCCGUAUCCCCGUCCCUCCACUGCAUCACUGAUGAAGAUGAUGAUGAAGAAGAGCUGUAGCUGUCGUCUUCAAACUUAAUGAAGCCCCUCCUGCUCCGACGGUGACCGCCCCCGGCUUUGAGGUCCAGUUCAGCCAGUACAGGAAGUCAAUUGAAUCAGAAUUGCUUUUCCAUUUAAAAUUUUUUUUAAUCUCUUGACCCAUCAAUUUGUCACAAGACAUCACUUAUGCUGAUUACCUCCUGAGGUGGUUGAACUGAAACAGGGCAGACUCCAUCCCCGAUGACACACAUGUUGUAAAUAAUAGUGCUGUAUACUCCAGUAGAGGUUUCUGACCAGCAACUGUUUGUGUGAAUGCACAGCCUCCACCGUCCCAUGCACACACCUUCUAGGGCAUCAAGUGGAUGACAUAUACUGUAGGCAGACGUGACCUUUUUCUCUGUCGUAAAUAAGAGUAUAGUGUGUAACGCCAGCUUGUAACAGAAGACCCACACUCUGCAUGCAUGUCGCGUGGUGGGUUAGCUUUCAAAUCUUUGCAUGUGUCCUGAUUCCACUCAGGAGUUGGUAUGCUGCGAGUGAACGCACUGAUUGACUUCGACAGAUGUCACACACAGGGAGAGAGAGGGAGAGAGGGAGAGAGAGAGGGAGAGAGAGGAAGAGAGAGGGGGAGAGAGAGAGAGAGAGGCUUUAGAUUUCCUCCUUCAAAGUAAAACUGGACUUGUGUGUUCAUGUGGCAUAAACACUGAAAGAAGUGACACAAAACACAUUAGGGUCUAUUUUUAAUUUAACAGAAGAUGCAACAUGUGUCAGGGAAACCCAGCCCGGACUGAACGGUCUGUGUCCAAGAAACCUUUUGUAAUUGCUUUGAUGCUGUGGUGUUGCAGCUGUAUGAUCCCACUACACAUUUAGGUCUUGUUGCCUACCUCCAUUUCUUGUGGCUUUCUCCCUGCUUUGCGCCCACACCUUGAGAGUCUUCAUACUGAGCCUUAACAAGAGCUGACUUCUCAUGAUGAUCAAACUAACACGCUGUCAUGAGCAUACAUUUGUAAUUAUUACCUGUAGAGCUACUCAUUAUACGCUUAUUACAGUAUACUAACAUCCUCUCAAACGCUCGAUAGGAGCUGAACUUAGGCUCUCUAGACAAAGCACCAUUAGCUGUAGGUAGAUUUAAAUGCUCUUAUGAGAGCAGUAGUUCACCUGAAGUUCAUUCAUACACAGAUUCCUCCUCCACCAUGUAACAGGAUCUGGACUGGGCUGAGAAAGUGCUUGCAAAAUAUUCUAGUGCAGCAGAGGACCAGAAGGUUUGGGUUCAUGACAUCAGGGCUUGUCCGGCCGUGUCGAGGUAUACUACGUUGAUUAUAUACUACUUGAUGCAUUUUCCCAUUUGGUAGUAAGGCUGAAAUCAUGACGAUCCUCUGUCUACCAAUCUAAAACAACACUAUUAACAUAUUGUGUCAUCAAAAUUUCAAAAACAGAAGUGAAGUCACCCCUUUUAGUCUAUAUGUAAGUUAUUCAGUGAUGAAGUGCUUUUCAACCGGAACCAUAAGAAGUCCGAUGAUUAGCGAGUGUCUGCAAACGAGUCCCCAGCUGAGCCGCCACCAGUCUGGCGCGGACGGGUACGCUGGUUGUCAAGUCUGCUGCUAUUCUUCUGUCAGAAAUCCUGAUCAGCCAAUCAGGAUAGAAGAAACUAGCAUGUCUCGGGUUGCCAAUGUGUUUGGACAAACCGAGUCACUGAAUUGAAGGACAUAUUUGACCAAAAGUGUGUCAUUCUUAAAGAAAACGAGCAUGACAACCAAACAGCUUUUGAGAAACAACAUCUUACAUGUUACAGUUCAGUGUAUUUCAUUGCAUGACUGGACUUGUUCUGUGUCAGUGAGCCCAAAUAGGACCUGAGUAUGUUAAGUGAAGGUCGUCUGAUCCUUAACAGCCUCAUUCAUGACAGGUCUUCACUGGCAUUAACAUCUCAGGGCUUCACAUUCACAAUCACAGCCACCAUGGGUCAUCACCAUAUAUCAUCCUCAUAGAGUUAAAACCAUGCAAGUGCUGAUGUACAUUCAGGUCAGGGUGUGUUAUUUGAGGCUCAGCAGAUGGAAGGGAUGAUAGAUCUACAGAUCUAACUUUAUUUUAUACAUAGUGUAUAGCAUCUCCAUUCCAGCAUGUGACAUCCCCCCCAAAAAAAGAAGAAAUCCCUCUGGUCAAACCCUACUGUACGUGUCCAAGCAGUCCCUCUAUUUGGCAUUGUGUUUUAAAUGUAAUAAAUAAAUCUGAAGGAGGGGGGAAUGUGUAUUAUAUUGUCACCUUCUAUUCCACUGUCUGAUUUUCAACAUAUCUAAAAUACAUGUGCUAUAUAUUGUUAAACUUGUAAGUGAAAUAGCGUGCCAGGACAUAGCAAAAUGCAAAAGGUACACGCUAACUUUGUCCAGAGAAAUGUUUGUUUAAUUUAUUUCCGUAUGCCUAUACUGUAGCGUCAUCAUGAUUAUGUGAAGAAUCACAGUUCUGUAUAUAUAGGCCCAUCACUAUGCUGUAUUGUAUGUGAACCAUUGUGUUGUAGUAAAACGUUCAAUAAACUUGUAGAAAGAA